AUGGCUGCCGCUACAAUCACUAGGGCGGACGCGCAGUUAUCGCCCAGAAAUGACAGCCAUGUCGAACUCUUCCAGAACAACACUGUUCCUGCUCCUGGGCGAAAGAGAAAGACUUCUGACUCAUCCGCCGGAAACAAUAACAAGAGCCAUGCGCAACGGCAGAAAAUCACCAGAGCAUGUGAUUACUGCAAGGGAAAGAAGACCCGUUGCACAGGGACGCUGCCAUGCUUGAGAUGUUCUAGGCUGUCGUUGCGUUGCGAGUACAAUGCUGCUUAUUCUAGGGGGUUACCCCCGGAACCUGUACCGUUCUCAAAAAGCGGAGGUGGGAAUACCAGUCCUUCGUCCAAUCAUACCGGUUAUAAUCUUAGCCCUCCGUCUCAAGGAUCUGCUAGGAGCCGUCUCAUAGGUCCUGCUUCGUCACGCUCACAGCCUCUUAGAGGCAGCUCGGGGCUUGGGUCUCGGGAUUCGCCAGAACCGGUGGCUACAGACCUAGAGGGCAACUAUCUUGGUCCUUCCUCGGGCAUCUCUUUUCUCAAUCGAGUAUGGCAGCGUUUACACCACGAUGAAUCUUCUGCGAUCACGGACGAACUGCAAAAUGAGUGCUCUACAAGGAAUACAUCGGUGUUCAUGUUCGGGGACAGACCAUAUUCAAAUUUCCAGGAAUCCGGUUUUACGCUUCCACCGUUCGACAAGGCCCGGGAUCUGGUAGAUAUCUACUUUGAUUAUGCCAUUGUCACUUACCGCUUUUUGCACAGGGGAAGCGUCGACGAGUGGUUGACUCAGGUGUAUGAGAACGAUUUCUCCAUUGCUAACCCACCGACUGGCAAUAUGGUUGCGAGAACCGCCAUCAUACUUAUGAUCUUCUCGGUAGCUACUUUUGAGCUAUGGUAUACGGCCUCAAAGUACAUGUCUUCCAUAGAGUCUGGUCCUCCGCGACUAGAGACGAUCCAAGGACGUCUGGGCCAAUGUCUUUACCUGCUCUCGUCCUCGCGAGCAAAUGAGUGUUGGUAUGCAUUUGGCACGGCCUUACAACUCGUAACGGCACUAGGGUUGCAUAGAAAGUUUUCUGUAAAGAAGUCCAAAAAUGGAAAUACCUACCUUGAACAGGAACUUCGAAAGCGCAUCUUCUGGAGCGCAUACACCUUGGACAAGUACCUCAGCGUCAUGUUUGGACGGCCCAGGUUGCUUCAUGAUGAGGACAUUGACCAGGAACUUCCCGAGGAAAUGAAUGACGAGGACAUGCUGCAAGAAGACCCGGCAAAGAGGACUGGCUCAGCAGACUGUAUGAUGAUCGCGUCUGUUCUCCAUUACAAGAUCGGUCGUAUUCUCGGGGAAAUCUCGCGGCAGCUUGGUUCAAUCAAUUCCCAUUCUCGAGAUUCGCCACUUGACAGAGUCGUUCGUCUUACUACAGAGCUGGAGAAGUGGAAAGAAGAGAUGCCACCACUGUUCAGUAGUGUUCGCCCGACGAGUCUUAUCCCGCCGCUUUGUCGACAGAGUCAAGUCCUACAGCUGGCAUAUUCCCAUGCGAUGAUCCAUGUCACCCGGUCAUUCCUCUUGAACGAUUUCACAGACCUCAGCCGCAGACCUCAAAUACCCCAUCCGACAGUGACGAAUGUCUUGCAGAAAUGCAUCGGUGCUGCUGAGAAUGUUAUUACUCUCGUGGACAGUCUCGCCAAACAGGGCGUCAUGAUACAGUCGUUUUGGUUCACGCAUUAUAGUAUAGAAGAUAGCAGUCGCUUGCACGAUCUAUUCGACCUUGCAGAAGCCUGUCAACGGCAUCUCGCAGAAGCCACUCGCCAAAACUGCCCGAGUCGUCGUUACAGCAUCAUCUUGGAGGAGUUGAGACGUGAAGUCCAUAGACAAAUCGGCUCUCCAUUACCAUCGAGCACACCGGUAAACGUGCGAAACCAGGAAGCUGCUCUGGACCAAGAUCAAUUUCUUUUUGCCAAUGUCGACCAGUCAGUCUCGCUGGAUUCCAGUGUUCUGGACUAUGCUCCGCCACAGAACUUUCAGGCGUCAGGCUUUUCUGGAGCUUCGCUUGACCCUAUGGAUGACAUUGGUCUUCUGGAGAGCCUGGAAGGGCCGAAUUGGUGGGCUCAGCUGGAUUCUUGGCCUCCAUCGGCCUUUCCCCCGGUUUCGACAUUGGAGGCCAAAACGACUUCCGUCAAGGUGCCGGAGAGAGAAGCAUUGACAGUAGAUGAGCUCGUACGACACAGAGCAUCGCUCGGCUCCUCGCAACCGGUGAUAUCGUAUCCACGCACAGGUACCGAAUAUGUUGAUUAUCCGCUACGCCAGCUCGAUAUCUAUGCUUUUCGCGUUGCCAAAGACACUGGAGCUCGUAUCCCACCGAGAGCCUCGUCGUCGGAGACGCCAGCAGUGAUUGCUCUACUGGGACCGUCUGAUCUAAACUACCUGGUCACUCUUCUUGCGCUUACGAAACUCGGUCACUCCAUCCUGUUUCUCUCGACGCGCAUAUCUCUGGAAGCAUAUGCCUCGCUGUUGGAAAAGACGCAGUCCAAGCACAUCUUUAUCCAUGAGUCUUUCAAGAACACAGCAGCCGAGCUCAAGGAACGACUCCCGGAUUUGGAUAUCAGCGAGAUCCCGACUCAGGCAUCCUACGACUACCCUAUUGUCGAAGAUGUCGAUACAAACCUCACGCCAAAUUUGGACCUAGAGAAAGAGUCAAAAUAUAUCUCGUUUAUUAUCCACUCCAGCGGCUCAACAGGCCUUCCCAAACCAAUCUUCCAGAACCAAGGCGCUGCGAUCAGGAACUACGCAGGGAACAUGAACAUGUCCGGGUUCAUCACGCUUCCGCUGUACCAUAAUCAUGGUAUUAGUUGUCUUUUCCGGACGGUCCAUUCGUGCAAGACGCUCCAUUUGUACAAUGCUGAGUUGCCACUCACGAAGCAGUUUCUGCUCGACAUCAUGCAGACUCAUCGGUUUGAGAUCUUCUACGGAGUGCCGUAUGCUCUCAAGUUGCUUGCUGAGUCUGACGAGGGCAUCGCGGUUCUGGCGAAGCUCAAGGCUGUUAUGUUUGGUGGUUCUGCUUGUCCGGAUUCGCUGGGUAAUCGACUUGUGGGGAAUGGUGUUAUUCUUAUCAGUCAUUAUGGAACGACUGAAACCGGCCAAUUGAUGACCUCCUUCAGACCACGCGAAGACAAGGGGUGGGAUUACCUCCGUCCUUCAGAAGCCGUGAAGAAGUACCUCCAAUUCGAAGAGCGCAGCCCUGGCAUCUUCGAGCUCAUUUGUCUCGACGGCUGGCCGUCAAAAGUGAUGUCUAACAGACCAGACGGUUCCUAUGCCACGAAAGAUCUCUUCCUGAAGCAUCCGACUAUCGAGGCAUACAAGUACUACGCACGCCUGGACGAUACCAUUGUCCUCGUCAAUGGUGAGAAGGUGAACCCCUUGGACAUGGAAGGUAUUGUCCGACAAAAUGAUGCGGUUUCCGAGGUUGUGGUUUUUGGGUCGGGUAGAGCUAGUAUUGGGCUGGCUGUCAUUCGUGCAGCUGACACGGAAUCCUUGUCUGACGAGGAUAUCAUCGAACGUAUCUGGCCUGCUGUUGAAAAUGCGCAUGAGGCCAUGCCCGCGUAUGGCCAGCUUUCCAAGACUCUAGUCAGAGUUCUCCCAGCAGACACUGAGUAUCCUCGUACGGACAAGGGAACUGUGAUUCGACAAGCCUUCUACAGGACCUUCAGCCGGUUGAUCGACGAAGCGUACGAGACGGAGGAUGCCAUGACCGGCACAUUGACACUAUCGGAGCCGGAAUUGAAGACCUUCAUCAGGGAGCAACUACAGUCGAUUCUACCGUCGAAGUCUCAGGCAGCAUUGACCGAUGACGCUGACUUUUUCGGUCUCGGGAUGGAUUCUUUACAAGCUACGCAGUUGCGGUCUGUUCUUGUGAAGACGAUUAAUACGAAUGGCCAGCAACUGGGGCUUAAUGUCGCUUUUGAGCAUCCCAUGGUCAAUGACUUGGCGCGUUAUCUUGGCUCUCUUGUUUCUGGGGCUGCAGGUAGUGAUGUGUCGGUUGAGGAGCAGAUGAGGGCGUUGAUUUCGAAGUACAGUCAGUUUGAACAGCAUAGGCCUGUUCCUAAUGGUCUCAACGGGGGAUACAUUGUCGUUACAGGAGCUACUGGAUCACUGGGCAGUCAUGUGGCCGCAAGAUUAUCGGUUCUACCACAUGUUCAAAAGGUCUACUGCCUCGUACGUGCAGCUUCCGUGAUCGAGGCAUACGACCGUCUGCUCAAGUCGAUGCGAACUCGAAGAGUCUACGAUACUCUUCCCGACGCCGCUCGAAACAAGCUGGUUGCGCUUCCAUCGGAUCUAUCUCAGACUACUCUGGGUCUCAAUCCCACGACAUACAACACCUUGACCUCAGAAAUCACAGACGUCAUCCACUGCGCCUGGUCCGUCAACUUCAACUACCAACUCGCCAGCUUCGAAAAAGACAGCAUCGGCAGUCUCAAGAACCUAAUCGACCUCUCCCUCAAAGCCCAACGACCAGCACCAGCAAAAUUCAACUUCUGCUCCUCCGUCAGUGCCGUGGUCAACACCGAAGGCAAUGAUAUCCCCGAAGCCCUCCCCGAAAAACUCAGCUACGCACAAGGCAUGGGCUACGCCCAGUCAAAACUAGUAGGCGAACACCUCUGCGGCGCCGCAAAACAGCAAACAGGCAUUCGAGCCCGCGUCCUCCGAAUCGGACAGGUCAUUGGAGAUACUCAGCACGGAAUCUGGAACGCAACAGAGGCGAUACCCCUAAUGCUCCAAUCCGCCACGACGAUCGGUGCACUCCCCAAACUCGACGAGUCACACCUCUGGCUUCCUGUCGAUACCGUCGCAGAUACCGUCAUCGACAUCACGCUUUCAUCAGAAGGCACAGAGUCAUCAAGUAUCUUCAACAUCAUCAAUAACACCCCCUUCCACUGGACACAUGAUCUCCUCCCCUACUUGCACGCCGCGGGUCUCGAAUUCGAAGAACUCGACCAACGCGAAUGGGUCCGUCGUUUGCGCGAGUCAAGUGCAGACCCCGUGCUAAACCCGCCGAUUAAAUUGGUUGAUUUCUUCGCGGGCAAGUAUGAUACCGAUCAGCCAAGGCGGACGUUUAAUUGGCGCACUGAGGAGGCGAGACGGGUCUCUGGUGCGUUGGCGGGUGCUGGGACGUUGAGUCGGGGGCUUGUCGAGAAGAUGGUGGAGUACUUCCGGGGGGAGUGUUGGAGGUAGAGGAUUGGUUAGGCGAUCUACCUUGUAUGGUCUUGGUCUCAUAUUUCACGAUCAAUGUUAUUUCUGUAUCCACAAUG